AUGGCAUCCGAACAAGUGCCCCUCUACGACUGCCUUAUCAUUGGUGGGGGCAUUGCAGGCCUAUCGGCAGCCCUGAGCCUGGUACGCACACUUCAUUCCGCAGUGGUCUUUGACGAAGGACUCCAUCGCAAUGAUGGCUCGCCGCGUCUAGCUACCAUACCUACUUGGGACAGUCAUGAACCAAAGAGAUUUCGCGAGGAAGCAAAGAUCAACAUCCUCACCAAGUACAGCACGGUCGAGUUCGCCGACGUGAAGCUGAAGAAAAUAAUUCAGAUAGCCGGCGAAGAAAAUGCGGGACGGUUCUGUGUCCUUGACGAGCAUAACCGCCGCUGGCUUGGGAGAAAGGUGAUUCUGGCGAUGGGGGUUGAGGAUAUCCUCCCCGACAUCCCUGGUUUCAAAGAGUGCUGGACCCAUGGAAUUUUUCAUUGCCUCGUUCAUCGUGGCUAUGAACAGCGAGGUUGUGCCUCAUCGGGCGUCCUUGCCAUUGACGGCGACGCCAACUUCCAUGCGGCGCGGCAUCUGGCUUUUCAGGCUCGCAAUCUGUCCUCCACAGUCACUGUCUACACAAACGGCAACACCGAGCUAGCCAACGAGGUAGAAUCAAAACUCGGACCCUGUGGCUUCAAGGCCGACGCCCGGUGCAUCGUCAACUUUGUCCAGCAACCGCAACAAGCACAGUUGGAUAUUCACUUCGACGACGGUAAUUCCGAAGUAGCAGGCUUCCUGGUUCACCGUCCCCGAACACGAAUUCGGGGAUCUUUUGCACAGCAGCUAGAUGUCGAAAUGACGCCCGAAGGUCACAUUAAACCCCAGUUUCCCUUCAACGAGACGUCGGUGGCAGGAGUGUUUGUAGCAGGUGAUGCGGGAUCCCCGUUCAAGAUCGGCACACAGGCCAUUGUCAUGGGAGCUUUUGCAGCAGGUGGGGUACAGAUGCAGAUCAACAAAGCUCUGGGCAAACCAUUCAUCACCAAGGUGUUCGGCCACGAUUACGUGGUACUUCCAACCAAAUACCUGGACGACAUCAAACGGGCAAGCCCAAAGAGCCUGAGUUUCUUCCAGGCCCUCAGUGAUGGACUGAAUAUGGAGGCCUCAGUUGGCCAUCUGUAUGCCAGCACAGCGGAAAUUGAUGUGGUAGUCAAGCAUUUAAACCCGCGGUUGACUCAAUUGACACCGCUGUUGUCCGACGAAGCCGAGUAUGCCAUUCGCAAGGAGAUCGGCCCUGCAACAGAAUGGAAAACGUUCAACGUCUCCAACCUCAUCGGCGCCAUAGUGCACCGCACCACUAAUCGCAUCCUCGUCGGCCCCGAACUAUGUCGCGACGAGGCAUACCUUGCAGCCACUACAAGGUUCAGCCGGUCGCUAUUCCUGCAUGGGAUAUUCUGGAACUUCGUCCGCCUAGGCCCCUUUCGCAAACUCAUUGCCAGAGCCACAAUCGGCCUUCACCUCCGAGACCGGGACGCAGCCGCAAAUAUGUUAUUGCCACAUAUUUGCAGCAGGCGCCAGGAAAAGGCCUCGGGAGUUGACGUAGCGGCCAAGUACCCCGACGCGCUACAGUGGACGCUCGAGACAACGACGCCGUCUUCAAUUCCUGGUGACGAUGACCCGUUGCAGCAGGCGUACCACAUGCUGCAUCUUACUUUCGCGGCGAGCAGUGCCACUGGAGUGGGAGUCACGCAGUGUCUGCUCAAUGUGCUUGCAUAUCCAGAGUACCUGGGACCACUACGCGAGGAAAUCAAGACCGUGGUUGCUCGGCAUACUGGAUGGACAGACAAGGCUCUAUCGCAGAUGGCUUUGCUGGACAGCUUCAUCCGAGAGACAAUGCGGUUGCGCCCAGCGGGAUCAAUGACCGUCGCUAGAACUGUUAUGGACGACCAAUUUCGCUUCCACGAUGGCCUCACGCUCACCAAGGGAGCGAAUGUCAUCGCUCCAGCAUUGGCCAUCCACCAUGACCCAGAAAACUACACCGACGCCAGCAAAUUUGACGGAUUCCGUUUUGCGCGAUAUCGGCAGAAACAGGGAGAUAGUCAUCGUUGGCUUGCCUCGACCAUCGAUCCAAAAUUCCUGCAAUUCGGCUAUGGAAACCAUGCUUGUCCAGGCCGCUUCUAUGCGAUCCGAAAGACCAAACUGGUCCUGGGCAAGCUGCUCAUGGAUUAUGAAUUCCAGUGGGCAACUCCGCGCUCCGUAAAUAACCGUCCAGAGGACCUAGCGAUCGAGGCACAACUCAUGGUCGCGCCAGAUACUGAAGUUUUGAUCCGAAGCCGUCGGACUUGA